AUGGAUUAUGAGGUGUCUUUGUUCGACGUGCCGCUACUUGGUAGUUUUGCUGCUAUUUCAAGGAUUGCUGGUGGUGAUUUGCGUAAGAUUUUUAAGGGAACUUUGGUUGAACGGAGCCCGGAAUAUGCCGUAACCUUUGUCGGCAACCACGAUACUCAACCAGGACAAGCAUUAGAGACAGUAAUUGUUCCUGUCUUUAAGCCUUUGGCUUAUUCCUUGAUACUUCUCCGAUGGCAGGGGCAGCCCUGUGUCUUUUAUGGUGACCUGUAUGGAAUCAGCGGUGGACCCGAGCCCAGGUGUGGCUCGUCGUGUGACGGAAGGCUUCCAAUUCUCACUCGGGCACGAAAGCUGUAUGCACAUGGCGAGCAGCGAGACUACUUUAGUAGACGAAAUUGUAUUGGAUUUGUUCGAUAUGGCGACUAUAAACACCCUUUUGGCCUUGCUUGUAUUCUCAGCAAUGGCCCUUCUUCUUACAAGCGAAUGUCAAUUGGGCUAAAACAUGCUGGCGAGAUGUGGACCGACAUUCUACAGUGGCGAGAUGAAACAGUAUUAAUUGAUCGCUCCGGUCAUGGGAUUUUCCCGGUAGCUGCUAUGAGUGUCAGUGUUUGGGUCAACUCGAAGGCAGAAGGAAGACAUGAUCUCCAUCGUCCGUUUAACGAGGAUAUAUACAAUCUGUGA